AUGUCUGGUCUGCCUUCUCACACUUACCCACUGAUCCCGAGUAGUGGAAAUACCCAACUUCGGGUCUUCAGCGGCAUCCCCGACUGCGAGUAUCGCUUCAGUACGAACCUUGGAGCCCGUGAGAGCUUCACCUUGAAGGGUCUGGACUACUACUAUUCGGGUAGUGUGGCCACCAGUAGCGAUGGAACCUUCAAGUUAACCUACACCGUGGAGAGCCUGACCGAAGGAUGCACCACUCUGGAGGGCGGUACCCAGCAACUGUACGAGGCCACCGCCCACUCUCUUUUCCUGCGUCCUUCCCAUGCGAUCGUUAAGUACUGGUACGAGGACGAGGUCCAGAAGUCCAAUCGCUCGUGGGCCUUUGUGCGGACCCUGGCGAAUCUGUUGGCCACCACCCGGGUGGUUUGGACAGAGGAUGGGGGGCAGGACGCGACCCUGGAUCUGCCCGCCCGCAAUCACGAUCUCCACGAGCUGAACACGGGCAAGUAUAGGGUCCAGGUGGCGGAACAGAAUCUCACCCAGGUGGAGUUGCGUGCCGGCGGUGUAUACGCCCUGCUGAUUGGCCAGAGUCACGGCGCCUUCGUGUCCCGCGUGAUCGAGGUCACCAACCCCAACUCGAUGCACAUGCUCUGGCUGGUGCCGCAGUACGUGGUGAUGACCCUCGGCGAGGUUAUGUUCUCGGUGACGGGCCUGGGGUUCUCCUACUCCCAGUCCCCGCCCAGCAUGAAGAGUGUCCUGCAGGCCUGCUGGCUGCUCACGGUGGCCUUUGGCAACGUCAUCGUGGUGGUGAUCGCGGAACUCAAGUUCUUCGACUCCCAGGCCAGCGAGUUCUUCCUCUUCGCCGGCCUCAUGUUCGUCGACAUGCUGAUCUUCAUGUUCGUGGCCUACUACUAUAAGCCAUAUGAUGAGGUGGCGGCCCUCACCGAGAGGAUCCGGGCCAGACGCCGUAAAUGGGAGGAUCCCGAUCGGUUCAAGCGGGAAUGAGAAGUUAUUGAAA